AUGGUCUUUGAUAACUCCAUGAUCGCACCUGGUGCAAACUAUUCCGCCGAAGAAGGAUGCUUCGAGGGCCCCGAGAAACUUCUUGAAAUCUGGUUCUCACCUGUCAUUCCCAAAAAUGAAAACGCCAACCUACGUCAAAUUGAACGCCACGUGUGGGACGACAUGCUUGCCACCGUCAAGUGUACCGUGCUUAGUAUCAUUCGCAAUCCGCAUGCGGAUGCCUAUCUUCUCAGUGAGUCCUCGAUGUUUGUGUAUCCACACAAAUUGAUGAUCAAGACAUGUGGCGCAACCACUUUGCUUUCAGCAUUGCCACGUAUUUUGGAGAUUGCUCAAUCGUAUUGUGGAUAUCACGAGCCCUAUCGCUUGUUUUAUUCUCGCAAGUCCUUCAUGUUCCCUGAAAAGCAGGUGGGACCUCACAGGAGUUGGGAUGAGGAGGUGAACUAUUUGGAUAGUCACUUUGAACAUGGCUCGGCAUACACUGUUGGUGACACCAACGGCGACGAGUGGUACUUGUAUAUGACUACACCCACUGAUGAAUUGAAUCUUCCUGCAAUCCCAUGGCCCAAAUCGCUCUUGUAUCCAGCUGCUGCUACUACUACGACAACAUCCACAAUCCCUAUGCGUCGUGAUGAAACAAUCGAGAUCCUCAUGACACAACUCAACCCUGAAGCCAUGGAAGCCUUUUAUCAUCGCCCUGGUGAGCCAGCUGGAUUACAAGGAGGUCGUCGUGUUGAUUUGGAAACAGGUCUUGCCAAAGUGUAUCCUGAUGCCAAGGUCGACUCGUACUUGUUUGAGCCAUGUGGAUACUCAGCCAAUGCAUUGCUCGAUGAAGGAUAUUAUACGAUCCAUGUUACCCCCGAACCACAAUGUUCUUACGCGUCUUUUGAGACCACCAUUCCCGCUUCUUACUCUCACGCCGUGAAAAAUCCAGGCAAAGGCCGUCAACAUGGUGACGCCGAAUCCGUAUGCUUGCUCAUUCGCCAAGUCAUUGAUAUCUUUCAACCUGGGACCUUUACCGUCACCUACUUUUCUUCCCACAAUGAUAACGAUGAUGCAGGCGGUGAAGAUGAUAGUAACAUUGGUGUCAUGAUGGAGGCUAUGGGCCGCUUUGGUGGUUAUAAGCGCAAGGAUAGAAUCCUCUACGAAUUUGAUGGCUACGAUCUUGUCUUUGGCCAAUACAAGAAGAUUUGA